CCGAAAUCCAAAACGAUGAGCCGCGUGUGGGCGGCCCAGGCCGUCGCAGUGGCAACACGCGCCUGCUAAACGUUCUGCCCGGCUUUCCCUGGGGGGGGCGCGACCCAAAGGGGCAGAGAGCAUCGACGACCUUAGGGCAGGAGACAGAGCGAAGGGGCUGGUGUGCCUGGUUGGCUAUAAGAGGCCGUCUUGCUUCCUCACCCCUCCAUCGCUCGCCCCCACCCUUCUUCCCCACCUCACGAACAUUCUCCCCAGCAGCCACCAAGCAUGUCGCCGCCCCCGCACCCGACUGCGCAGGACAUUGCGCGCGCACCGCGCCGCCACCGCCUGUUUGGCUACCCGAUCUCGCACAGCGCCUCGCCUGCGUUCCAGAACACGAUUCUUCAGCACGGCAUCAGCAGCAGCAGUGGCAGUGGCAGUGGCAGUGGCAGCAGCAGUAGCAGUGCUCCUGCGGCGCCGACGUACUCGCUGUGCGAGACAAAGUCGGUCGACGAGGCCCACUUCUACCAGCUCGUCCGGCACGACGACCGGUUUGGUGGCGCAGGCGUCACGAUGCCCCUCAAGGUCUCGGUUACUGCCCGGCUCGGCAGCGACGAGGGCGCAGUGCUGGACGAGCUCGACGACGUGGGAAGCGCCACCCAGACGGUCAACACCAUCGUCGUCCUGCCCUCGCUCGCCGGUGAGACGGCCGUCGACAAGCGCCGCAUGGUGGGCACCAACACCGACUACCUGGGCAUCCGCCACGCCAUUCUGCGCGACGUGGCCAAGCAGGCGGGACACGCCGAUGCUGCGCACUUCUACAACCGUGGCCCCUCCGUUGUCGCCCGCUUCCCCCUCGCGAGCAACGGUAAACCCCACUCGGCGUUCAUCAUCGGCAGCGGCGGCACCUGCCGCUCGGCCGUCUACGCGCUCCAUAACCUCGGCCUCUCGCCGCUUUACCUCAUCAACCGCGACGCCGGCGAGACGCAGGACGUCGUCGACCACUUCCGCGCCAAGCAGUCGGGCAUCGACCUGCGCCCGCUCCGCUCCGUCGAGGCCUUCGACGAGGAGCAGGCCAAGCGGCAGCGCGGCGAGGUCGGGCCCGUCGCCGCCGCCGUGGGUGCCAUCCCGGCCAUGGACCCCGUCACGGCCGAGGAGAAGAUGGUGUACACGCUCGCCCACCGCUUCCUCGACGAGCGCUACGAGGCUGACGCAGCCGUGAAUGCAGCGUCGACGAGCACAAACGAGUCUGGCAGCGAUGCCUCAACGCUCCUCCUGCCCCUCCUGCCCCGGCGGCCGUUCCUCGACAUGUGCUACAAGCCGCGUCUGACGCCGCUGCUCGCCUACGCGGGCCGCGACCAGGCCGGCGCCACGUGGUCGCCCAUCGGCGGCGUCGAGGCCAUGGUCGAGCAGGGCCUGGCCCAGGCGCGCAUGUGGGCUGCCAGCGCCUGCAUCCUCGACGGUCGUCUGCCGAGCGACGACCCGCUGAGCUACGCGACGCGCGCCGGCGACGACGGCCCGCUGGGUGCCGCGUGCGAGGACGAGGCGCGGCGGCUGGUCGAGACCAUGUCCGACGUC